CUCAACCAGUUGCAAUUUCAGAGACACCGGACACCGGAGAGAGACAGGGGUGAAGAUGCAGGUUGCAGCUGGUUCGCAGGCGGCGAUGGAGAGGGGCGACCAGCAGAGCGCCAAGAAGCCGAGGCUGACUUGCUGAGCCGCUCCUCCAUGCCCCAGUGAAGCAGGAGAAGAUCUCCAGGACGCCGCGGAGCUCGGGUUCCUGCGCCUGCCCGCUGAUGGAAUGGCCGUGGCCGCGCGCCGACCAGUACGUUGCCCGGACCAGCGCGGGGACAGCGCGGGUACACGGCCAAGGGCUUGCCCCCCGUGAACCCUCCGGAAGUCACGAGCCAUCGCGUAAGAUUGCCGCAGCCGAGUUCGAUUUCAGUUCCAGUUCAGCCGGCGACAGCUGCUAAUCCGCGCCCGGCAAGGAUUGGGAGAUCUCCGGUAAAUAAAAGGGCGGCGGCGGUGGGAGCAGCUGCCCCAACUUGAUUCGUUCGCCUCCCUCCCCGAUCCCCAGAUCCAAUCCAAGACGCCAUCCAUGGCGGCGAAGGUGCUCCAGCUCCGUAGCUCCGACGGCAAGGUGCUCGUCGCUCCGGCGUGGGACUAUCGCCCCACCGCCGCCCAAGCCCGCCCGCUGGAGAUGCGGGUGCCCUCGCGCGUCCUCGAGAGGGUGCUCCAGUACUGGACCAAGCACAGCCUUGCCAAGGCAACCGGUGAGUCCCGGGAGUCCCUCGCCCGCUGGGACGGCGACUUCCAGCGCCGUCUCGAGGAAGACGGCCUCGCCAAGGAGGCUGCCGCAGCCGCCCAAGAACUCCGCCGCUACGGCGUCGACCAUGGAGGGCGUCCCCAUCGCUACGCCGCCACGGCCACAUCUGAUGUCGCUGCUCCUGCCAAGGCGGCCCGUGCUGAUCCCAUCCGUGUCUGGUGUGUCAACCACGGAGAACGCAGCCAUGCGCCGGCGAUGCCCGGCUCCUUCGAUGCCUCCGCCGCGCGCCCAGGGCCUGCCACCACCUUGCCGGCUGCUGCUGGUGCUGACCCCGUGGAUGUCCGGUGCGCGAUCCGUGCCCGUGGACGCCAGAUGGCUGAAGACGAGGAGUCCGCUUGCCACCACCGCAAGCGCCCAUCUUCCAAGGCUCCACUCUGCCUGACUGCCACUGCUGUUGCGCCCGUGAAGAAGGUCUCUCGUCCCGUCGCUUCCAAGGCUCGCUCUUUCGUCGGCUCAACACCAUUGCCAGUCACUGCUGCUGUGCCCAGUGUGAAGAAGGCGACUCCAGCUUCAACUCUACGCGCAAGAAGGGGGAUGGGGGAGCUCAGCUGCAAGGUUCCGAAGCAAAACCGUGUCACCGCUGCAGCACCAAUGAAGCAACCAAUUGCUUGGCUGCGUCCAGUGGUAUUACGCCCUUGCUAGUCUUUUACCUUCCUAAACCAUUCACACAUGAGUUUCAUUUAAUCUUUGCAUCUCUAGGUUCUGCACUUGCUUACCAAGAUUACUAGUGUUCUUUGAAUCCCUUUCAGUCAUUAGUAAUUUUACAAGGGUGUCGGCAGAGUCUCCAUCUAGCUAGGCAGCAAAAACCUUGUUAAGAUGUGUGCGGCAUAGUUACACUACAUCCACACCUGGUCCUAAGUUAAGGGUUUAAGUAAAUAAAGGGCAUUUUCAAUAAAUCAAAGUGAAGCAGAUGAGCCAAAAAAAUUGGAAACUCAUGUACUGCAAUUCCGGCACGAGACAGAGCGUAAAACGCACUCGCCGCAAAAUGCAAAACGCCCGUUUGCUACCCGGCUUGUAGCAGGAAAAAGGAGUAGAAUUGAACUUGUCGAUACACACAGUAAUCAUGUGAGCUGCCUAGCGUCUGGAGACUAUGCUGACUCUCCUGUAAAAUUAAUCUUGGCUGACUUGGAUUCUUAGGCAUUGGCGUCUUGGUGAGUUAAAGUUGCAGUUUCCGAAGAGUACCAUUGGUUAGUGAACUCUUGUGUGUAUGUGUGGGUGAAGCUUUGAGCUCAGCAAGUCCUUGAUGUACCGACUAUCAAGUCAUACUGUAACCAAUUUUGGAUAUGAAUGAGAAAAUUGUUGGCCUGAAUUUUGCAGA